GGAAAUCGACUCAGCUCACCCACGCUGGCUGGCAAGGCGAAACGCAGUCUAAUCCACCCUGACUGGUUGACAGAACGACUGCAACCUCCCCAUUCUCAACUCUGGAGGUGUGACGUGAGAGAUUGAGCAAGUGUAAAACAUCAGACGUCACGUCGGCCGACCAAGUCGGAACGGAGUUGCUUCAACAGCGAAGUCGAAACAAGCGGCCUGUGAAGAAAAAAAAACCGGAACCGGAAAACUGUCAACUGUCAAUCGAGGAGACGCCUGGCUUAACCAUGGCCCAGUGGUAUCGCAUCAGCCAGCUGAUACAGUACCUACCUGUGGAGACCAUGAAUGACCUCUACCCCUCAGCCACUUUUCCUAUUGAAGUCCGACACUUUUUGUCCGAUUGGAUUGAGAAGCAAAGAUGGGAGGAGUUUGCCCUGGAGAACGUAGAGCAGGAAGCAAAUGCCCGCGCUCUUUUGGAUGAACUCAUAAUGCUGCUGCAGUCAUUUUCUCAUCAUAAUGCCAAUGUCGUGGAUAAAAUGAAGCUGAUGCAGAUCAGCAGAAACAUGAGCAUCUUUCAACAUCAGCCACUGAAGUUUGUAGUGAUGGUGAGGGACACACUGCACAAAGAGAGAGUUCUGCUCAGAGCUAUGCCACAGGUAAGCAACCCUCCACAGCAUCAACAGCUUGUCACCAAAGAAGUGGCCUUUCCCAGCACGCAGGAUGUGGACCACCUUGUUCUCAAAGUGCUGGAGGUCCAGGAGUUACGACAAAAAAUACAUCAGGUUCAAGAAGAGCUCAAUUGGGAAAAGCAGAACUUUGAGUCUUUGCAAGGGACCAUGGAUCCCACAACGUCAGAAGUGACACGACUUCAAAACCACAUUGAGCAGCUGGACUAUAAUCUUAACACCAUGGGAACGAAGCGUUUUCAGUUGCUCACCGAAUGUGUGGACUGUCUAGACCAGUGCCAGGCCCAACUCCUCAGCAGGCUAAAGGCCUGGAGGUGGGAGCAGUACAAGGCAACCAUUGGACAUCCUUUUGAUGACAACCUCAAUAUCCUCCAGAUGUGGUGUGAGCAGCUUCUUGGUGUGAAUGGGAAGCUGAGACAGGAAUUAAUGCUUAUCGUGGAACCAAUCCCAGAGCUGCAAGAAAGACUCGGCCAACUUCUCCGACUUCUGGUUCAAAGUUCCCUUGUGGUGGACAAGCAGCCGCCUCAGGUUAUUAAGACACAAUCCAAGUUCACCACAACUCUACGCUAUCUGCUGGGUGAGACAUUAGCACCUGGGAAGCCUGUGGUGCUGAAGGCACAAAUCAUUAAUGAACUUCAGGCCAGAAGCCUUAACCUCACUCUCAGUGACAAUGUUGGGGAAGUGAUCAACAACACAGCCAUCCUUGAACAUAACACAGCCAGCAAGAGCACAUGUGCCACUUUCAGGAAUAUGUCAAUCAAGAAGAUUAAGAGAGCUGACAGAAAGGGAUCUGAAUCGGUGACCGAGGAGAAGUUUGCCCUCCUCUUCUCAACAGAGAUCACCGUCACAGGCAGUGAUACUCCUUUCAAAAUACAGAUCAUCUCAUUACCACUCGUCAUCAUUGUUCAUGGCAGCCAAGACAACAAUGCGCUGGCUACCAUCAUAUGGGAUUGUGCAUUUUCCGAGCCAGAUAGAGUGCCAUUUGUGGUGCCGGAGCGGGUGCCGUGGAAGCUCAUGUGCAGCACUCUCAACAGUAAAUUCACUUCAGAGAUCCAGUCACAUCACAACCUGGACCAGUACAACCAACACUUUCUGGCCCAGAAAAUAUUUGACAAACCAGAUUUCACCGAUGACUUCAGCAACAUGAUGGUUUCCUGGACGCAAUUUAACAAAGAAGUGCUCCCAGGUCGACAGUUUACAUUCUGGCAGUGGUUUGAAGGAGUAAUAGACCUGACCAAAAAACAUCUGAGAACAUACUGGAGUGAUGGGCUCAUAUUCGGUUUUAUUGGCAAGCAGUAUCUACAUCUGAUUCUUAAGCAGAGACCCAAUGGAACCUUCCUUCUACGCUUUAGCGACUCUGAGAUCGGCGGUAUCACCAUUGCUUACGUGGCUGCAGCAGACACGGGUGAACACAAUCAGAUCAUCAAAAACAUCCAACCAUUCACCAAGAGAGAUCUCGACAUUCGCAGCCUAGGCGAUCGCAUCCGGGACAUCAGUGACAUUACAUUCCUCUACCCUGACUUUCCUAAACAUGACGUUUUUAAGAAGUACUACUCAGAGCCCCAAACAACAGUCAGGGAUGACUACAUCCCGGUAUCACUCCAAACCAAAGUGGGAAGUGGGGAGACUAACUCAGUUGCAGCUAAUGUUGCCACCAUGUCACAUCACGCAGAAAACCACCUGAAUGCUGCUGGAUACCCAGUGGAUCCUGCCUCAGUUUCACCAUGUGUCACUAAUAUGACACAUCAUGCUGAAAGCUCCCGCAAUGCUGUUGGAUACCCCCUGUCCCAGUUCCAACAGUUCACUCCUCAAGAAGCCAUCACACAAGAGCAAAUGGAAAACUCAGAUUUACCUGCAGUAGAAUUUAGUCCAGAUUCUGCUGUCUUCAGUGACUUGGCCACUGGAGAUAUGGACCUUGACGGUUUCAACAGUCUCCUCAACUUUUCAUGAAGAUCUAGAGGCUGUGCGACACUGAGAAUGUGACAGUAACAAUAUUGUAAAGACUGACAUUUUUCAGAACAUAUCCUUAGUGGUUUGUUGAUUAUUGAUUUCUUUGGAUGACCACUUGAGUGGCAGAUCUAUGACAUUGCAGUACACAAUUGUGUCCUUUAUUGAAAUACAGUAUCAUGGUAAGGAAAUAUAUUUUAACAUACGAAAACAAUAUUUGAAUCAAUACCUUAUUGUCCAUGCAUAGCAUGUAAAGCACUUGUUCUUAGUCUCAUUCUGUGUUAACAGAUCCAGAUUUGGUUUCAGUAAAGAUCUGUAUAUUAGACGUUGUCAUUCAUUGCUUCAUUCAUUGAUGUUAAAAGAAGCCGGGGGUAUAAAGACUUGUAGGCCCUAAUAACCUGCAAUUGUUCUCUCGUACUAAAAUAUUUUAUUUGAAACACAUAAAAUAUCACCAUUGAUUUAAAAAUCUAUAAUAUUUAGUACAUAUCUUGACUUACGGCGAGCGCCAUGUUUUAUGCACGCAAUGCACGAUAGGGGUGACAACGUAGCUCGGUUGUUAAUGGUAGAAUAACUCUGCUCGAUACUAGCGAAGCUAGUAUGAUGACUAGCAUGAUUUGUUGGUUUUCACCUGAUGACUUGAGUUACUCAUUGCAGCUAAUAAAUAAACAAUACACAUACUUAGGGGUGUGACAAAAUAUCAAAAUGGUGAUAUAUCGUGAUACAUUGUAUCCCAAAAGGUUAUCGAUAUGCUCCUGCCAAGAAUCGACAUAUCGUUUUAAAAAGGUGUCAAUGUUUAAAAAAGAAAAAAAAAAAGGAAAGAACAAGUUGCUAUCAAAAUCUUCCACUAUAAUAGUGUCAGUUAACUCUAAGGUUGCCAUUGACGGUGCUCGACUCCAAUCCAUUUGACUGGGAAUGUUCGUUCAUUCGACACCAGAGCAUUCACAGUCAUUCUGUCUGUUUCAGGGCAUUUACAGGUCACUUGCUUUUCAUUUACAGGUCAUUUCCUGUUAAAUUUGAGUCACUGCCUAUUCAUUUGGGUGAUUCCCGGGUCACUUCCUGUUCUGUAACGCAAAAUAAACAGGAAGUGACCCAUAAAAUACCCCAGAAUUAACAGGAAGUAACUAAAAAUCAACAGGUAACUGACCUCAAAUGGUCCAAGUUUACCUCAUUGCCUGGCAUUGGCUGCAACUGACGGCCAUAGACGUUCAAUCCGUUUGAAGUGGAUUGGACGUCAACUAGUGAUAAACUCAAUCCAAUUCACAGCAGAAGCUUGUUUUUCUGUUUAUUAGUUGUUUGUAGAAUAUCCUAGAAUGAUUUCCUGACCAAUAUAUCGAUAAUCGUUGUAUCGCCACUCAACCACCGUGCCUCCAGUUUGCAUUUCAUUUAUAUUCGAGCAUGUUUUACAGCAUUACACAAGAAAGCGUUAAUAGUAGGGCUGUCAAAUUUAUUGCGUUAACGGGCGGAAAUUAAUUUUUUAAAUAUUUGACGCAAUUAACGCAUGCAUGGAAUGACCUGCUCACGCAUUGCCUCAAACAGAUUACAAUGACGCUGUUUAUGCACAUUUAGAGUGAAAAGAAUGCCACUGGCUGCUUGGGGGCAGCGCCGUUCCAAACUGAUGUUAUUUCUCCUAAUAGUGGGAAAAUUACUAGUUGUGAGACGUUUAUGCUGUUGCAUUGUGCUAUUUAUGCUCCACACAUAUUUCUGUAAGUCUACUUUCUUUAAGUGGCAAUUAUGUGUCUCUUGUUGUAUUUUGGGUAAGAUAUGUACAGAAAUAUAUAUGUUAUAAAUGUAAGUGGACACAGGCGUUCAUUGGACCGCGCCAUUUAUUGGCAUAAGCUUCGGCAACUCCUUCACAACAAACAUAAUUAACAUGUAGUGAAAUCAUAACAAAAAUAAUAUUCCUCUCUCUCAAAAAAAAUAAUAAUGUUCACAAAAAGAAAAGCACUUCCAUCUGUAUUAAUGAGGCCCUAUUCUCACACAGUUAAACAACUAUGCAAAGAGAACUGGCAUUUCUAAUCAAAAUAGCUAUGCAAAAUACACAUUAAACUUACUCAGACUUCAGUCACUCUAUUCUUAUUAUUAUUAUAUUAACUCUACUUAUGAUUGAAAAUUUUACAAAAUUUUAUUAAAGCAAAAACAUUGGGGGGGUUUUAAUAUAAAACUACUGUAACUUGUAACGAUAACAUUUAUCUUUUAAGAACUACAAGUCUUUCUAUCUGUGGAUCCCUUUAACAGAAAGAAUGUAAAUAAUGUUUAUUCCAUCUUGUAGAUUUAUUGUUAUAAUAAACAAAUACAGUACUUAUGUACAGUAUGUUGUAUGUAUAUACAGUGGGGAGAACAAGUAUUUGAUACACUGCCAAUGGGUUUUCCCAUUGACUGUGUAUCAAAUACUUGUUCUCCCCACUGUAUCCGUCUUGUGUCUUAUAUUUCCAUUCCAACAAUAUUUACAGAAAAAUAUGGCAUAUUUUAGAGAUGGUUUGAAUUGUGAUUAAUUACGAUUAAUUAAUUUUUAAGCUGUGAUUAACUCGAUUAAAAAUUUUAAUCAUUUGACAGCCCUAGUUAAUAGGCAUUUUUACAUAUUAUUGUGAACAGACAUGCCCAAAAUACCGUACAUUAUACUCCUUAUUCAAGACAUAUUUAUUAUAAAGCAGGACCACUAAAUGCUCCAGACAGAUCUGUAGCUGCACCUAGCUGACCGGUAGGAUUAUCAUCAAUCUGGACAGCGCUUUUACGUGAAAUUGAUGGGUACCCAUUGGUGACCCAGUUCCGACUGGGUAAGGCAUCACUCUCUCAGUCGUGGAGGCUGGGAAGGGCACCCCAUUAGACGUCUCGGUUAAGGCAAACUGCAUCAAAGUUUUCAUGUCCUGUGAUGUAUGGGAUAUCUUGAUCAAACUGCUGUUUCACUGUAUAUCCUAAUUAUUGGUAAAGCACACGACAGCUCUGGAUGCUAAACAUUUUCAGAUUGAUAUUGGAAUAAGUUUGAUCACACAACAGCUUACCGUGAAGAUCCGCAGAAAAAACCUGGAGUUCUUGACAACACUCUCCCUCUCCGGUAUUAUUGAGAUGCAGUUGCCGCACGUACACCACCGGUUUUGUCCCACUUUUGUCUCAUUCCGUCUUUUCCUGUUCUUCAUUUUGCUGCUCCUUUUGUGGUGCAACAUCAGUGCUGUCCUGCUCAUUAAUAUUUUGCUCUGGUUCAAAUUGAAAUGGCUGAAAAGAUGACACGGUCAUGUCGCUAAGCAGUCACACUCCGGAAGCCCGGCAGUUGCCGCAAGUGUAAUACGUUACCACCCCAGAGUGCAUAGCAAAGUCACCAACAAUGGCGACCUACUACUUAUUCUUUUUACAAAUUUUAUUUUAAAAAAUAAAUAAAAAAUAUUAAAAACAUCAAGAAGGGUUUUGAUAUCAAAUUAUUAUAACUGAUACGAACAAUUAUGUUGUAAGAACUACAAGUCCUCAUAGCCGGAGUUCCUUUUAAAGCUUUAUUUCUAAAUGUGUUUAUAUUGGACAAAUGAGCACAGCUAGGAUUGCAGAGCUAUAGGCCAAGCAAAUUCUUUCCAAAGUUUUGGAUGUUCUUUAUGUGGCCUUUUGCAUUGAAGUUUGAACCCCUCGAAUAUCCACAGGCACUUUGGGCUUUUUUACUGCUUGAAUGUAAGCAAUGCCUCUGUAUUCUCUGAUAAAAAUAAAUAAAUAUUGUAUUGUUAAUGCAGUUGUAGAAUUCUUACAGUUUGCCAAUGCAAUGCUUAGGAUGCUGACUAUGCAAAUUAUAUAUGCUACUGGCAUUUUGGUAUUGAAUGAUUUUAAUCAUAGAGAACUAGUGUUUGAAUUUUACAAGAACAAUAUGCGUUACACAUCACUGUGGCUG